UCGAUUUUCCCACUGGUUUUGAGAGUGAAGGUUGAAGAAAGGUCCACGAGUUUGGCCCGAUCCAUACCCGUUCGUCUUCAAAAUCAGGGACUAUGUCUGUAAAUGAAGAUGCUGAACAGGAAUGCGAACCACAAAAGAAGAAGCCACCUUCUGAGGAUGAGAAGAGGAAGAAGAAAAUUGUUCCUGGGAGUUUGAUGAAAGCUUUGAUGAGGCCUGGUGGGGGUGAUUCUGGACCUUCAGAUGGUGACCAGGUUAUCUAUCAUUGCACAAUUCGAACUUUGGAUGGAGUACUUGUGGAAUCUACUAGAUCUGAUUAUGGAGGCAAGGGCACCCCUAUAAGACAUGUUUUGGGCAAAAGCAAGAUAUUACUAGGCUUGCUAGAAGGAAUUCCAACAAUGUUGAAGGGUGAAGUGGCAAUGUUCAAGAUGAAGCCUCAAUUGCAUUAUGGUGAGGAUGAUUGUCCUAUUUCUGCUCCCGAUGGUUUUCCUAAGGAUGAUGAACUUCAUUUUGAAAUUGAGCUGAUAGAUUUUUUCAAAGCCAAGGUUGUUACUGAUGAUUUGGGAAUAGUAAAAAAGGUAGUACGUGAAGGGAAGGGUUGGGAAUCUCCAAGAGAACCUUACGAAGUGAAGGCUUGGAUUUCAGCAAAGACAGUUAUUGGGAAAUUGAUCAUGUCACACACAGAAGGAGAACCAUACUUCUUUACAUUUGGAAAAUCAGAGGUACCUAAAGGUCUUGAACUGGGAAUAGGAACAAUGGUUCGGGAAGAGAAGGCUGUAAUAUAUGUUACUCGUCAAUAUUUAACUGAGUCUCCACUGAUGCCUGUAAUUGAAGAUUAUGACGAAAUCCAUUUUGAAGUGGAGCUCAUACACUUUAUUCAAGUGAGGGACAUGCUUGGAGAUGGGCGCCUAAUAAAACGCCGGAUUCGUGAUGGGAAAGGUGAGUUUCCAAUGGACUGCCCCCUUCAUGACAGUUUACUCCGCGUUCAUUACAAGGGCGCCAUUCUCAAUGAAGAAAAGAGGGUUUUCUAUGAUACAAGAGUUGAUAAUGAUGGUCAGCCAUUGGAGUUCUGUUCUGGAGAAGGGCUUGUACCAGAGGGAUUUGAAAUGUGUGUUCGUCUGAUGCUUCCUGGAGAGAUAGCUCUAGUCACAUGUCCCCCUGACUAUGCUUAUGAUAAGUUUCCAAGGCCCUUAAAUGUCCCUGAGGGUGCUCACAUUCAAUGGGAAAUUGAGCUUAUAGCUUUUGAAAUGCCAAAGGACUGGACUGGAUUGGACUUUCAAAGUAUAAUGAAUGAAGCCGAAAAGAUCAGAAACACGGGUAACAGGCUGUUCAAAGAAGGAAAAUAUGAACUUGCCAAAGCAAAAUAUGAAAAGGUGCUUCGAGAAUUUAAUCAUGUUAAUCCACAAGAUGAUGAGGAAGGAAAAGUCUUUGUAGAUACGCGUAAUUUGCUACACCUGAAUGUUGCUGCUUGCUAUCUAAAGUUGGGAGAAUGUAAAAAGUCCAUUGAGACUUGCAAUAAGGUUUUGGAAGCAAAUCCUGCCAAUGUCAAGGGUCUUUAUCGUCGUGGAAUGGCCUACAUGGCUGCUGGAGAUUUUGAAGAAGCAAGAGAUGAUUUCAAAAUGAUGAUGAAAGUUGACAAGUCAACUGAAUCAGAUGCAACUGCAGCUCUUCUAAAACUGAAGCAGAAGGAGCAGGAAGUUGAGAAGAAAGCUCGGAAACAAUUUAAAGGGUUAUUUGACAAGAAGCCUGGAGAAAUUGCAGAAGUUAAAGCUGAUGAAGAUGGGGAUCAGAUGACAGGUGAAAGCCAGAAGGAGGGUGAAGUACAUGGGGACUCAGAUGGAACAAACUCAGAGGAUUCAGACGAAGCUGCACCCAAUGCACGUCCAAUGGGUUGGUUCUCUCUCUUUUGGCCUGCUGGUAGAAGACUUUUUUCAUCUCUUGGGCUUCAAAGAUGUGCCAUACUAUAAUUUAACUUGAAGCAUGCAGUAGUUGGCCAUAAUACAAUUUCCUUAAGGAGGCAUUCCAGGUCACUCUCGAAUACAGUGGUUGUUAGAUAAGGAGAGUUCAGGGAUUUGUAGCAUUUAUGUUACCAGGAAAUAUUUUGAUAACUGCUGAAAAUUUUAUUUUAUUUUUUAAUCUUUUCCAUUAUCAUCUAAAAAAUCUUUUGUAUUUAAUAAAGAGAGUUGUAAGCAUAUUAGGGAAUAGCCAGAAGGUGAACAAGAUCAAGCAGUUGUUAAAAGUGCUACAUCUUUUGAGUUUUUUGUUACUUGUAGGUUUCAUGAUUCUGAGUGUGAAGUUGAGGUAGCUUUCACUGGUAUGUAUGAAUAUAUUUAAAUCACUGUAGCAUCUGCAAUGUGCCCUGUCCAAUAAUUGCCAAGCGUCUAUUUUUUGUAACACAUCCAAUGAAGUAUUAGGAAGGCGUUAUGCAGGCACAAUACAGUAUUCAAAACUUGUGUGUAUUAUUUGUCUUGAGCUGUAGACAUUUCCAAGUU